GCAGAUGGUACAGAGUCAUGUGAUGUUUUGAGCCGGGUUGAAUCUGAGAGGUUCUCCUGCAUCUGAUACAAGUCCAAUUUGGCUGCUCAAGAAAUUACUGGAAGAUCCAGAAUGUCUUACGGAUCCAUUGAGCCGGGCUCUUUUGGAAGCAGAAAUCCAUUUGGUGGGCCCACAAGGCAGGGAUACCAGCCAGUAGCUACGCAAGUCAGUCCCUCAGAGCUGCAAGAUGUGUUCCAGGAAACCUCCUCUAACAUCUUUCAGAUCAAUGCUAACGUGGUAACACUUGAGAAGAACCUUCCAUCGCUGGGAACAUCCAGAGACACAGCAGAGCUACGGCAGAGUUUACAUUCCACACAGCAGCAAACCAAUAAACUCAUAACAAGCACAAGCCAGCUUGUUAAACAGCUCACUGACAUCAUCAGCGGGUCUUCACGGCAAGACAGGCUCCGUCUGACGAGACUCAAGACAGAGCUAUCAGAUUCGUUGCAGCAAUAUGGAGACCUGCAGAAGAAAAUUGCAGAUCGUUCGAGGGCCUUGCUUCCUCCUGCACAAAAGGACAGGAAACAGAGCCUACAGACUCCAUUCAGUGAACUGGUUGAAGAGGGGCCAUUGUUCGUAGCAGGGGAGGGCAUUGAGGGUGACGGACAAGCAUUCCUGUCAGAGAUCAGUGAAGAAGAUGUGGAGAUCCUGAGGCAGAGAGAAGAAGCACUGCUGCAGAUUGAGGCAGGCGAGGAUGAUGAGGGCUGCACAGGCGAGGUUGAAGGUGACGUGGGUGACUUGGACUUUGGAGUGGCUACAGAAAAAAGAGACUGGCCGCCUGGCCCACACGAAAACAAGGAUAAAUAUCUGAAGGGCCUUAAAUGUAGUCACACAAUGCUGAUGUUGUUACAUUAA